AUGACCAAUACGCACAAAGACGACGGGCAACAAGUUGAGGAAGCUCACAGCUUUCAUGACGAAGGACCACAGAAGAACCACACCGACUACAAAUUGGUUGAUCGAGAAGUUGCUAAAUAUGCCACCGAUACAGCCAUUCACAUUGACGAAUCAACAAACAAGCGACUUAGGCGGAUGAUCCAUAAGCGAAUCCUAGUGGUGAUGAUGGUGACAUACCUGAUUCAGACAUUGGACAAAGGAGCAAUGUCUUUCGCUUCUAUUAUGGGAAUCGUGGAAGAUGCGAAUUUGGCAGAGAACCAAUACCAAUGGUUGACAACGGUCGUCUACCUCACGGUUCUCGUUGUGGAAUACCCGGAAAAUUGGAUCAUUCAACGCGUGCCGAUUGGAAAAUGGCUUUCAGCGAAUAUUGUCUUGUGGGGCAUCUGCAUCACUCUCAUCUCGGCAAUGAAGAACUUUACAGGUCUUGUGAUUCUGCGUGCCUUCAUGGGUGCAUUUGAGGCUGCGUGCCAGCCGACGUUUGUCAUUCUCUCAGCAACAUGGUAUCGACGAGAAGAGCAGGGAAGUGUCAUUAACUUAUGGUACAUGAUGAACGGUCUUCAAAAUGUCGUUGGUGGUCUCCUGGCGUUCGGAUUCUCCUUCGUGCCCUCUUACUCCCCUCUCAAGUCAUGGGAAGCUAUGUUCAUGACCUACGGUCUCUUGACUGUAAUCUGGGGAACUUUCGUAUACUUCUGGAUGCCGGAUUCACCGAUGAGAGCGAAGUGCUGGACGGAAGAAGACAAGCAACUGAUGGUGGAGCGUGUUCGCCAGAACCAAACAGGCCUGCAGAAUCGGAGUUUCAGAAAGGAACAAGUGUGGGAUGCACUAACUGAUCCGCAAUUGUAUGCCUUUGCACUGAUUCAAAUCCUCACGACCAUUCCCUCCGGUGGCAUUGGUGCCUACGCGAAUAUUAUCUUGAAGUCGUUCGACUUCAGCACCUGGGAAGCUCAACUUCUAUCCAUGGUCAUCGGUGCAGUGACAACAAUCACCAUGUUGGUGUCAGCCUACCUCGACCGCAAAUUCCACCAGACAAUUUGGAUCAUGAUCAGCUCUGUCAUUCCAUCUAUCCUGGGCUGCUCAAUUCUUAUCGGCAUUCCCUUCUCCCCCAGCAAGCGUGUUGGGAUGCUCAUCGCAUACUGGAUCUUUUAUUCGUUCUUCGCCGUUUCUUCGCUCUCCUUGGCCCUGUUGUCGCGGAACGUUGCCGGACAGACCAAAAAGUCAAUCAUUAUUUCGUGCAACUUUGUCUUCUGGGCUGCUGGUAACGCCGUCGGUCCCCAGGUAUUCCGAGACAAGGAUGCACCACGGUACUACCUGGCAUUUUCAAUCCUCAUUGGAUGCUUUGGUCUUGUGGUGAUCACCCUGCUCUGUCUGAGGCUUUGGUAUAGUAUUCAGAAUCGCAAGAGAGAUGCAAAAAUUGCAUCUGGCGAAGUUGUUCCCGAUGUCAACUUCACCCAUGCCUUUGAGGAUAUCACCGACCGGGAGAAUCCUCAUUUCCGAUACGUCUAUUGA